UAUGUAAAUGAAAUUAUAUAUAUAUAUUUUGAUAAAAUGAAAUUAUAUAUAUUUUAACUAUGGAACUGUUGAUAUGUAUGAUUUUUGCAGAUAAUGGAGGAGUACUCAAAUGGAGAUCUAAUUAAUCCUCCUCAGGGACCUUAUCACCACACCCAAUUACUGAGGUUCGAUUCCACUGUGUUUAGGAGAUCUUCACCUCAUCUGUUGGAGGAUACAAAGGAGGCCAGAGCCAAAUACCUGAACAUAUGUGUGCCUCUAUACAAAUAUGCAAUGGAGGGUAACUGGGAAAAAGCUAAACUAAUGUUGAUUCAUGAUAGAACGCUUCUGAAUGCUGCUAUAGCAAUAGAAUGUCCCACUGUACUUCAUAUAGCAGCAGGAGCAGGCCAUCUUCGGUUUGUGAAGGAGCUUGUGAACUUGAUGGAUGAGAGUGACUUGGAUUUACAAGACUCUAUGGGAAACACUGCCUUCUGCUUUGCUGCUGCAGGAGGAAACAUGGAGAUGGUUCGGUUAAUGUUGAAAAUAAAUCCAUUCUUGGCAAAAAUUAGAGGUGGGGACGGUUUCACUCCACUUCUUUUUGCUGCUUUACAAGGAAGAGAUGAUAUGGUGCGGUUUCUACACCCUAGGACUACUGAUAUACUUGAAGAAGCUGAUUGGAAUAAGUUAUUCCUAACUUGCAUCGACUCUGAUAUUUAUGAUUUAGCAUUGAAGAUGUUGAAGGAUAGGCCACAGCCAGCAUUAGCAAAAGAUGUAGAUGGUACGACAGGUUUGCAUAUCUUGGCUCAAAAAAUGAUAGCAAAUUUGAGAAGUCACAGUUCUGAACGUCAAAAUUAUCGACUCAUAAGUUCAGGUAUGAAGCAUGGCGUUGCUCUUCAACUUGUCCAUUUCUUGUGCAGAGGAAUUCUGGAUCAAGUAGACUCAAUAUUAGAUAUGAGGAAAAUCAUAAAUGAACCAUCGCGAUUAUUAUUUGAUGCUACAAAAAUUGGAAACUUUUGACUUUUUAGCUGAGCUUAUGAAGUCUUACCCUGACAUAAUUUGGGAGUUGGACAACAAAAGAGAAGUACAAUUCACAUUGCAGUUUUAUAUCGUCAUCAUGCCAUCUUCAAUCUCAUUCAUGUUAUAAGUGGAAAUAAGGAUAUUAUAUUGUCAUUUGCGGACACAGAGGAUGGAAACAAUAUAUUACAUUUGGCUGCAAAGUUAGCACCAGCUGAUCGACUUGAGUUGGUCUCUGGGGCAGCUUUUCAAAUGAAGCUCGAACUAUGGUUUGAGGAGGUGAGGAAGAUUGUGUUGCCAUCAUAUGCUAAGAGAAAAACCUAAAAGGUGAAA